AUGGCGGCGCUCGGGCGGGUGGGCAGCCGCACCGCGCAGCGCGAGGAGCGGGCCGGCUCCUUCGAGUCGCCGGGCGCCCCCAGGACGCCGCUGCGCCCCGCGCCUCUCGAGCCGCCCGUGUCGCCGGGGAAGGGGGCGGAGCCACCGGGCAGGAGCCUGUGGGAGCAGAUCUGCGAGGAGUACGACGCUGAGCAGCCUCCUUUUCCAGAGGGAUACAAGAUCAAACCGGAAGUUGUGAUCACCGUCUCCCCAACGGAAGACCUGGCUUUCCACGGCUUCGGUGCAGAGCCCCUUCAUUCCGUGCCCCCUUCGGCCGCAGACUCUCCUGUGCCCUGCACUCAAGUGAGACUGGAAACAACCAAUCCAAAAACAUGUCCCCCCAGAGACUAUUUGGAAACAUUCAUCUUUCCAGUUCUGCUUCCUGGUAUAGCCAGCCUGCUUCACCAGGCAAGGAAAGAAAAAUGUUUUGAGAGGAAGAGGACCAAAUUCAUCGCCUGUGACUUUCUGACGGAGUGGUUAUACAAUCAGAAUCCAAAGAGGACAGGGAAGCCAUUCACAGAAUUCUUCUCCAUCCCGUUCGUGGAGCAGUGGCUGAAGCAACACCCUCGGCCGCCCAUCCCGCUCUCCCUGCUGCUGACGGAGGAGGAGGCCGCGCUGAGCAUCCAGGCCUUCUGGAGGGCCUACCUGGUUCGCUGUGAUCCUGAGAUUCAAGAACUGCGCCAGUGGCAGAAGAAGCUACGCGAGGACAAGCACAUCCGCGAGCGGGUCCGAACGUUCUGGGCCCAACAGGAGCGGAAAGGUGAGUUCGACUGGACUCGGGGCCUCCUCUCCGGAGGUUCUGACUGGACGUUCUGGGCCAGGGCCUCAGGCAUUGUGUCCAUGUGA